CAAACACUUAUUUUUAAACAUAUCGAUAUAAUGCAGCAGUUUAGUGCGCGGGAGAAGUAUUUGGUGUCCAACACCUUAAAUUGUUGGCCCGUGAUGCUGCAGGGUCAUUCCGUACUGAUCGAUCUGCACAACGAGACCUCUGUGGCCGGAAUCAUCGAUGUAGCGGAUGGACACAUGACCUGCGAGCUCACCCAUGCAGUUUUCAUCGAUCGCAAUGGUGGUCAGCACCCCUUUGAUCACUUUAUGGUGCGGAAUCGAAUGAUACGGCAGAUCCACAUACCUUCGUACUUGGAUGCCGAGCAGGAACUUCGAAGCGCAAUGGAACGGGGAGUCCUGCGAAGAAAGCGAGUGGAAACCAAGGGCGGAAAGCGGACAUUCAAGCAAAAACGAGCGGAAGUGCGACACAAGGAAACAUUGCAAAUGAUCUCACAGCAAAAAAAGAAUAAGGAAACCUAAACUAUUAAUAUAUGCGUACUUGUUAUAUUUACCAAAAAUACAUUACAUACAUACAACUACAUUUAUAGUAAUAAACCUAUGAAAAGC